AUGUCCCCAGGCCCCGAGGUCCCGGUGCAAGUGUGGGUGGACGGUCAACUCUUCCAGGCCGAGCAGUCGCUGCUGGUGGAGCACUGCGGCUUCUUCCGCGGGCUUUUCCGCUCUGGCAUGCGGGAGGCGCGCGCCGCCGAGGUGCGCUUGGGCGCGCUGAGCGCCGCGGGCUUCCGCACUGCGCUGCGGGUGCUGCGCGGAGAGCGGCCGGAGCUGGCGGCCGACGACGAGCUGCUGCAGGCGGUGGAGUGCGCCGCGUUCCUGCAGGCGCCCGCGCUCGCGCGCUUCCUGGAGCACAGCGUCACCUCGGACAAUUGCUCGCUGCUGUGCGACGCGGCCGCCGCCUUUGGCCUGCGCGAUGUGCUCCACAGCGCUGCGCUUUUCAUCCGCGACGGAUCGCACGAGCUGGUGGCACAGCUGGAGCUGCCCGAGGCCCGAGCCUACGUGGCGGCGCUGCGACCCAGCACCUAUGUGGCGGUGAGCACACACACGCCCACACCCGGCUUCCUGGAGGAUGCAUCGCGCACCAUGUGCUUCUUGGACGAGGAGGAGGACGCGUGGCGCACGCUGGCCGCUUUGCCCCUGGAGGCCAGCACGCUGCUGGCGGGUGUGGCCACCCUGGGCAACAAGCUCUACAUAGUGGGUGGCGUGUGUGGUGCCAGCAAGGAAGUAGUGGAGCUGGGCUUCUGUUACGACCCAGAAGGUGGCACUUGGUGCGAAUUCCCCAGCCCGCACCAACCGCGCUAUGAUAUGGCGCUGGCUGGCUUUGAAGGCCGCCUCUAUGCCAUUGGUGGCGAAUUCCAGAGGACACCCAUGAGCUCCGUGGAGUGCUAUGACCCGGCCACAGGUUGCUGGAGCUUCGUGGCGGACUUGCCACAACCGGCUACAGGGGUUCCCUGUGCCCAGGCGCGUGGCCGCCUCUUUGUGUGCCUGUGGAGGCCGGCAGACAUCACUGCUGUCGUGGAGUACGUGGUACAGAUGGACAAGUGGCUGCCCGUGGCUGAACUGUGUCGUUCGCAGAGCUACGGUCACUUUAUGGUGGCCCAUCGCGACAGUCUCUAUGUGGUACGAAAUGGACCUUCCGAUGAUUUCUUGCAUUGUGCCAUCGAUUGCCUCAACCUGGUCACAGGCCAGUGGACAUCGCUACCUGGCCAAUUUGUCAACAGCAAGGGAGCACUCUUCACGUCUGUAGUGCGUGGGGACAUGGUUUAUACUGUCAACCGUGUAUCCACGCUGGUCUAUGCCAUUGAAGAUGGCACCUGGCGGCUGCUCAGGGAAAAGGCUGGGUUUCCUCGGCCUGGCUCUCUACAGACCUUUCUUUUGCGGUUGCCUCCUGGCACUACUGGGCCUGUGGCCACCGCCCUGCCAGAGUUGUGAGCUUGGAAUGACUUCAGAAGAUACACGAGUCUCCGUGAGCCUUGGCUGUGUCCUCGUGAGCCUUGGCUGUGUGCGCCUGGAUUGGGGAGCUCUUGGGAACUCCUUUCCCCCUGUUAAGACACUCAGGUUUGCUUUCUGGUGGUGCAGAUGUCCACGAAGCCCUGAGCAACGCAGGUGCCUGGGACCUCAAAUAACUUGGGCUCAGUUGAGAGCUGGUGGGUCCCAAUCUCAGGGAAAAGGGUAGAGUUACAAUUUGGACAAUUCAGACUUGUAGUGGAAUACAAGCUAUAGCUAGAAGUGGGUUAAGUGAUUCAGCUAAACCAAACUGCUAAUUAACAGGCAUAAAGUGUCAAUACAAUGUUGGGCUGUAGUUGUCAGCUGCUGCACAGAAAGCUUGGUGACAAUACCAGCUUUUGUAAUACAAAGGUCAGGAUGAUAAAACAGGUCUACACAUAAUUUGCCUCCACCCACAAACCAACAGCGACAUGCUGAUUUAAAAAAGCAAACAACAUACCGUGCAAUAAGAAGAAUACUAAAACAGUCAGCCUGGAGGAGCAGCCGCAGAUCACAGAAUCUGAGAGUUCAAAGAGUGGAGAGGGGGAAGGCUGGAUCAGAGAAGGUCUCAGUAAACUCCAGCCUUUAAGGCAGAACAGCGGAAGAUGGAGGCAUUUCGGCAGUGAGGCUGGACUGAAUUGUAGCAAAUGAAACUCCGCUGAGCCUGAAGCAAGAUGGUGGGAGGGAGCAAGGGUUCACCGUGGUUGCUUUAAGGACUGUAAUGGAAAGGGAGUACCCAGGUGUAAAUUUUGACCCAUUUUUUCUGUAUCACUGACUUCAGGCUAUGUAAGGUGUAUGGAGCCUAACCCUGCUAACUCCUCAGGGCAUUCCUUCCUAGAUGUACCAUGGGCUCCGUCUCUCUUGUAAUCUCUGCUGUGCCCAUUCCCCCGAGCUUUCCCUCUUCCUGUUCCUCAGCUCCAUACCCACCUCCUCUCUGCAGGAUUGGCUGAGCCAGCUCCUGUUUUCCUGGCCUGGCUGCCAGCAUCGCUCAGUGAUCUCCGUGACAUUCUGUGUUGGAUAUGCAGCCACACAUGUUUGCAGAUAGUAGGCAUAGAGGUCCAAUACUUUUAACUGAGCCAGGCACCUCCUUGCCUGCGAAAUGAAAUGAUGUCUUACAAGAACCUCUAGUUAGGGGUCCGCUACUGACAUGUGCUGUUAAACAGCUCUUAUCUUAAAAGCAAUACCCAGAUACAGCUUCUGUUCGGAUGCCUGCUCAGCCCUGCAGCCUGGCCAAGGCAGAUGUCUCUCAGUGGUCCGGUGUAGUCUCCAUCCUCCAGGACUCAAGAUUCAUAGAAAACCCUGGCUUUAGAAGUAGAGAACACAGCAUUGGCAAGGUACUUCCUGGGCAUGGAGCCUGGUGUUGGGCCGUCGCUGCCUCUUCCCUGAAGUAUCCCAAACUUGAAAUAAGUUGCCUUUGGGAGUGUGGAAUCUUCUAGCCUUUGAAAUAGUCUAGUCCUAUAAAUCACACGAAUAAACUCUGACAUUCGUAUCCUAUGAACUCUAGGCAAGCUGUUUUCACAUUCAUUUCUUCAGCCUGGCCCCAGAGCGAUGCUGUUAAGGACCCACUAUCCUCCUUUGGCUAUAAUUCCAGGUGAUGGACCAUUUUCCUUAGCAGCCAGAGCACUGCCUCUUUGAUCACACCUCCUGACCAGUACUGAACACGUGUCAAUUGUAACAGCAAUGUCUGUCAGCUCAUAGGCUCUUUCUCAACUCAAUGAACUCUAGGAUUGGUUCUGAGAGGCCUGCUGGA